UUGUAGUGAAGUUUUGUGUUUUUUUGUUGUCGUUGCUCAAGUAAAAAAAACCCAAAAGUCCUACUAGUCCUAGACCCAUUCCAUUCCCAACGAGGAUCCACCAAGAUGCGUCUGCUGCUGCUCAGCCUGCUGGCAUUGGGUGCGCAUGCGCACUCCAUUGGCUAUCGCACCAAUCUGCUGGCCUAUGCGCCGGCACGCGGCGAAUUCCCUGUGCAGAGCGAAAUUGUGCAAGGCUAUACGCGCUAUCUGGACAGCAAUGGAGCCGAGCGUCUGAUUGCCUUCAACUAUCCGGAGCCUCUGUACGGCAUACGCACCGUGGCCCAGCCCGACAAUAAUUUUGUGCGCACCUCGGCUAAAGUGGAACCACAACAGCAGCAGCAGCAGCAUUUGGCCCUAUUCCGUGCCUGGUGUGAACAGCGCUAUAAUGCCCUGCGCCUGGAGCUGGAGCGCUUGCGCGCCGAGGGCAAGCAGCCAACGGCCAACAUCCUUUCGCAAUAUGAGCCACUGGAGCAGAUCAUCAAGAUGAAUGCCUUUGAAGCGGUGCCCGGCCUGAGUCCCGAGCUGCAGCGUGUGCGCGACGAGCAAAUGCGCAUUUGGAACGAGGCGCGCCUGAAGGUGAUCAAUGCUGAGGCAGCGCUGCCACAGCAGUCUUACGUCAAGCAGAGCAUCUUUACCGCCCAGCCGCAGCAGCAGUCCCAAGUGGUGCCCUUUGCAAAGAACGAACAGCCCUUGGUCAAGCAGUAUGCCUUCACGUCACAGACCAAUGCUGCCCUGGAAUCGCCCAAGCCCGUGCAGGAAACUGAGGAAGUGAAGCGCGCACGCGAGGAACAUCUGAGGCGCUAUAACGAGGCACUGCAGCAGCAGCAGCAGAAGCAGACACAGGAGUCGCUGGAGUCGCAGCCACAGCCUAUUCAGCAGCAGGAACAGCUUGUGAAAACUAUUCCGAUUCCAACUGAGCAGCAGCAGCAACAGCAGGCCAUCGAGGAUACGCCUGAAGUGCAGCGCGCUCGCGAGGAACAUUUCAAGCUAUACAAGGAAGCCCUACUGCGUCAAGCGACGGAGGCACAGGCUCAGCCCCAGCCCCAGGCUCAGCCAGAUGCCCAGCCACAGCCCCAGCAGCCAUCCUAUGCACCUCUGCCCACAUCAGCACCCCAAUCCGGCGUAAAGACCUACGAUGCCAGCAGCUCUGGAGCAUACGUGUCCGCCCAGACCCCAGCACAGAACCUGCAGCCCGACAACUUUAACCAAGUCAAGGUGAAAUCCGAGGACAGCAUCCGCUACGAUGAGCGUGAGCAGGCCGCACAGCUGGAGCAGGAGCGUCAAGAGGAGAUUCGUCUCAUGGAGCUGGAGCGUCAGCGCGAGGAGAAACGUCUGAUGGAGGAACGUCGCAUGCUUGAAGCUGAGCGCAUUGCCCUGGAACAGCAGGAGAAGCAGCGCAUGGAAGCUGAGCGCCUAGAGGAGGAGCAGCGCCAGCAGGCCGAGCAGCAGCAGCUGAAGGCAGCAUCUGCUGAAGGCAGCUAUCAGUAUGCCAAGCCCCAGGCAGCUCAGGCCGCUCAACCCGCUCAGCCCGCUCAGCCACAGACAAUAGCACAGCAGCAACAGGUGCAGAACGGUUUCUUUUUGCGCAUUCAGUCUGGAGUACCCAGUCAGAUUAGUGCACCCAGUAAGCCCAGCUCUGAAGCUUAUAUCCUGGCCGAGCAUAAUCCCUUCCUGGUGCGCUAUGUCCCGCAGCCCCAAAAGGCGCAGCAAUUCCUGCAGACCUUCAGCGCCACCCCAGCAGCCACGAUCAAGACUGCAGGCAGCGGCGCCAGCUCCAGUUCCAUCUCCAGUUCCAGCUCUAGCUACAUCUCAAAUUCCAGCCCGGCCAGCUCUACCUAUAGCUCGGGCUCGUCAACAAGUGCCUUGAAGAGCUCAACGGGCCUCAGCGAAUGGGAACAGGCCACGCGCGAUCAUUUCAAAGCCCAUGAAAUCGCCUUGGAGCAGCUGCGUCUGGCCAAUCUAAAGGAUGCCAAUCAGAUACCCUGCACUCAUUAAAUACGAUACACGCACACACACACGCGCAUAUACAACGACAUCCACAUCGAAAUGGACAUCGACAUCGACACGCUUUGAUAUUUGUUUUAUUUUUUUGCACAAUUCAUCAAAAUUCAGAUCCAAUUUGUAUGCAUUCCACUUACUUAGACUUAAAAUACUCGCACUCAUUCACAUUCACAUUCACAUACACAUACAGAUAUACUCAUAUAUUCGUACGCAUACUCGAUCACCUGUAGCGUUAAGCGAUUCACUUAGACUCGUAAGUUUUCUUUAAUGCAUUCAGUUGAGAAACAACGCAAAAAUCAAAGUAAAUUCACAUUUGUAUUUUGA